AUGCGCGCACUCACAGAAACCGAGACAGAAACCCUCUUCAAAAAACUAGCAAACUACACCGGCCGCUCACUGACUCAACUCAUCGCACCCUCAGAAUCCGCCGACGACACCGGCAUCACCACCAACAACGACAGACAUGUCUUCCGCCUCCACGAAUCUCGCGUCUAUUACGUCAAACUCUCCCUCGCCAACCUAGCAACCUCCGUCGCUCGCGACAACCUCCUCUGCCUCGGAACCUGCAUAGGAAAAUUCACAAAGACCGGAAAAUUCAGGCUACACAUCACCUGUCUGGACAUCAUCGCGCCGCACGCACGGUAUAAACUUUGGGUCAAGUCGAACGGGGAGAUGCCGUUUUUGUACGGUGGGAAUGUGGUCAAGGCGCAUGUUGGGCGAUGGAGCGAGGAUUGUCCUGAGCAUAGUGGUGUUGUGGUGUUGAAUAUGGAUGAUACGCCGUUGGGGUUCGGUGUUACUGCGAGAUCGACGGCGGAAGCACGGAAGUUGGACCCGACGGCUGUGGUGGCGUUUAGACAGGGGGAUGGCAAACGGAAAUUAAGAUCCUGCAGCGAGGCGACCCGAAAUGUUUCAGGCACACCAGAUGCGAAUCAGGUUUAUACUCAUGCGGUCAAAGACUCGAGGUUGCUGUCUGCGAUCCUUUGCCCCAAGGCAUGA